AUGGACCCUGGGACUUUCACAUUGCCCUACACGAUAAGAAGGAAGAUGGUUGGGAAUGCACUGUGCGAUUUAGGAGCAAGCAUAAAUCUGAUGCCCUUGUCGAUUUUUAAGAAGCUGGAUAUCGGCGAAGCAAGACCAACCAUGAUCACAUUACAACUGGCCGAUAGAUCGAUAAAGCUUCUUGAAGGCAAGAUAGAAGAUUUUCUCGUGCUAGUGGACAAGUUUAUCUUCCUAGCAGACUUUGUCAAAUUGGAUUAUGAAGCUGAUAGAGAAAUCCCUAUCAUCUUGGGCCGUCCAUUUCUCGCCACAAGGCAAGCACUGAUCGAUGUGCAGAAAGGAGAAUUGACCAUCAGGCUCGACGAUCAGGAAGUAAAAUUCAACGUACUCAAUGUGUUGAAGUACCCAAAUGAUAUAGAGAACUGCCAGUAUAUCGAGGAACUGCGGGAAGAACAUUGGUACGAACCCCUGAAGGAGCUGGAGGAAGAGAAUUUUGAAAUCGACACAAUGUUGGAGGAGGGUUGCGCCGCAAUUCAUGUUGAAUCAAAUUUUGAGCCGCUCAAGUUAUCUGAAUGGACAUCACAGCGCAUUAAGCCAUCUUUUGAAGAACCACCUGUGUUAGAGUUAAAACCAUUGCCCGUGCACCUUAAGUACGCUUACUUAGGAAGUAACGACAUGUUACCUGUUAUCAUUUCUUCAUCGCUGAGUAAUGAGAAAAAAGAUGCACUCAUGCAGAUUCUAAGAAAUAAUGCAAAGGCCUUAGGAUAG